CCCCAUGUGAGUGCGACCACCCGAGCAAUCCCCACCACGCGCGCCCAGCCGAGCGCACUAGCGCGCACAGAUCGGAGCGGGGGGAGGGAGGGAGAGAAAAAUCCCCGGAAGCUCCCGCGGCCCGGAGCUGAUCAGAUCCCUCCCCGGAGGAAUGGCGGCGGUGGCCGCGCCCGCGGCCGAGGCGCAGGCGCAGGCGGAGGAGCCCUCUCCUCCCCGCCCGCCGCCCCCCGAGAAGCGCGCCGCGCCGACGGACGCCGAGGAGGGGGACGAGCGGCCGGAGCCGAAGCGACGGCGCGCGCGCGUGGCCGCGCUCGAGAAGGUCCCCAGCGCGGCCGCGGCGGCUGCUGCUGCUGCGGCGGCGAGCGAGGAGGAGGACGACGGGUUCUCGUUCCUCGCGCGGAGCUUCUCCGGGGUGGAGACGACGCCCAAGUUCGGGUCCUUCAACCCCGCGGCCGCCCAGUUCGUGGCCUUCCACCUGGCGCCCCCGCCGCCCCUGGUCGACCCGGCGGAGGAAUCCCCGCCGGUGGCGGUGGGUGGCGACGAGGAGGAGAAGGGCAAGGACGGCAAUUCAAACUAGUGCGGGCAGCACGAUUGCUUGAUUUUGAGUUAGGCAGCGGGGAAUUCACCUUCCCUGAACCUCUAGUUCGUUGGACAGAGCACUUCGUCGAUUUCCCUUGUGUUUACCACUUCUUUUCUUCUGCUCCAUUCCACUGCUCCCUUGUACAUUAGUGAAUCUUGUAGCCUUGUACUGAUAAGAUUAGCGAAUAAAGACUGAUUUUUGUUGUUGUUGAUGUGCUA